AUGAUGCAGACACCGAUGCUGUCAUGCCCGCUCAAGGCAACAAACGAGAUAGACUGGAUUGCUCCGCUCAAGCAAUAUAUCCGCAACACCUAUGGCGACGACCCCGAGCGAUACGCCGACGAAUGCGCCGCGCUCAACCGGCUGCGCCAGGACAUGCGAGGUGCCGGCAAGGACAGUGCCGCUGGACGCGAUCUACUCUACCGCUACUAUGGGCAGCUGGAGCUGUUGGAUCUGCGCUUCCCCGUCGACGAGAACCACAUCAAGAUCUCCUUUACCUGGUUCGAUGCAUUCACCCACAAACCCACUGCUCAGUACUCGCUCGCCUACGAAAAGGCCUCCAUCAUCUUCAACAUCUCCGCCGUCCUCUCCUGCCAUGCCGCCCUUCAGGAUCGCAAUCAGGAGACGAUGCUCAAAGUUGCCUACCACUCGUUCCAGGCUUCGGCCGGCAUGUUCACAUACAUCAACGAGAACUUUCUGCAUGCUCCCUCGACCGACCUGAGCAGAGAUACCGUCAAGACACUCAUUGCCAUCAUGUUGGCUCAAGGCCAGGAAGUCUUCCUCGAGAAGCAAAUGGUCGAUGGCAAGAAGGCCGGUCUCAUGGCCAAGCUUGCUAGUCAAGCUGCCUUUCUGUACACUCAGGCUCUGGAGGGCGUACAAGAGAAUGUCGCCAAGGCCAUCUUCGAGCGUGUCUGGCUGCUCGUUGUACAAUUCAAGACCCACUACAUGACCUCGCUUGCCCACUACUACCAGGCUCUCGCAGAUGACGACGCAAACUCCCACGGUAUUGCCAUCUCUCGUCUAGAGAUUGCCAUGACACUCGCUCGAGAGGCCACUAAAGUCGCAAAUUCUUUCCCCUCAUCUAUUCCUGCCGCUUCAAAUCUGGCUGGAGACACUGCAUCGAUCCUCGCAAACAUGGCCAAGACCCAUUUGGCUGCAUGCGACGAAAAGCUGCAGCAGUUCAACAAGGACAACGACUUUAUCUACCAUCAACCAACUCCCCCCGAGGCUGCACUUCCAGCAAUUCCCAAGCUUCCUGCUGCUAAACCAAUUCCUGUGAGCGAGCUGUACCAGGGCCAAGACAUUCACCGCAUUGUUGGUCCAGAUAUCUUUCAGAAAAUUGUUCCCAUGGCUGUCACAGAGUCUGCUAGUAUGUACGACGAAGAGAAGGCUAAGCUCGUCCGCGCAGAGAGCGAACGCGUAGAAAUCGCAAACGACGAGAUGGCUGCUUCCCUGGAUUACCUCAAGCUGCCGAAUAGUCUAAAUAUUCUCAAGGGAGGAUUGGAUCAAGACAUGGCUGUCGACUCGGACUUCCGCAAAUGGUGUGAGGACUUUGUGGGCCACGCCCCUUUCGCCGAUGCCUUCGAGCAACUCAACUCUAGCAAAGCUAGUAUUCAUGGUACUCUUGAUCAGUGUCAGAAGAUUUUGGACAUGGAAGAAAGUGUUUGUGAAAAGAUGAGAAACAAGUAUGGUGCUGAGUGGACUCAACAACCUAGCUCUCGCCUCACCUCGACCCUGCGAAGCGACAUCCGCAACUACCGUGGCGCCGUCGAAGAGGCGAGCAUGAGCGACGUGCAGCUUUACAGCACUUUCAGACAGCACGAGUCGGACAUGGAGGAGAUGCGCUCAGCGGGCGAGACCGACGAGGCUGAUGUACUUUAUCAACGAGCUAUGAUCAAGGUUGGCGCCGCGAGAAAAACAGGCGCUGAGCGUCCAGCGGCGGAAGGAAAUCUGAUUGAUGAUAUUGAAGAUGAUGACAAGGCGAGCGUGUCUGAACAGAUCGCCGCUGUUGAGGACCUGCUGAAGAAGUUGACAUUGAUCAAGAGAGAGCGUGAGAAGGUUCUCAAAGACUUGAAGGAAAAGGUUCACAACGACGACAUCUCGAGCGUGUUGAUCUUGAACAAGAAGGCAAUGUCGCAGGAAAAUCAACUCUUCAAAACCGAGCUUGAGAAAUUCCGACCCCAUCAACAACGUCUAUUGCAAGCUCAACACAAGCAGCAUAGCUUGAUGAAGGAGUUGACUCGUACCUACAGUGAUCUGUUAUCUGACAAGCGAGUGCGUCAAGAGCAGAACAAGUACGAGGCCUUCUCGCGCCAACGUAGCACGGUGAUGUCAAAGUACAAGAAGGUACACCAAGCACUCAUGGAUUUGCGCGCAGGCCUUGAGCGUGCCAGGAACUUUUACUCAGAGAUGAAAGAUACCGUCGACAGCCUGUAUAAGAAUGUUGAUGGCUUUGUUGGUAACCGCAAGGCGGAGGGAAGUCAACUUCUCAACCAGAUUGAGAGUGGCAAGACCGCCUCGGGAGCCAGUGGCGCAGAUCGCGAACAGCAGCGUCUUAAGGAAAUGAUGGAUCGCAUGUCUAUGAACCCUUCAUCAUCGCCGCAUCAACAGCAGCAACCGCAGCCUCCCGCAAGACCAUUGCAACAACAACAGCAUUCUUAUAACAACUACAACCCAGCAGCCUCACCACCCGUCACCCCAGGCUAUGGCAUGCAACCCACCCCCUCGCCAUACAUGCACCAACAAAAUUAUGGCCAACAGCAACCUCAACAUCAACAGCCUCAGCAGCAAACCUACCAACAGCAACAGCAGCCCCAGCAACCUCAAAGCUAUAGUUACAACCCGACCUCUUAUGGUAUGCCAAACUCGCCGCCCGCAGCCCAACCGCAAUACUUUUCUCCGCCACCAAAUCAGAAUCAGAACCAUAACCAGUAUGGCCAGCCUCAUGCUCAGAUGGGCCAACAGCAGAAUAUGCUGCCUCAUGGUUAUGUGCCUCCACCUCCACCACCUGGUCCUCCGCCCCACCAGCAGCAGCAGGGAUAUGGUCAACAGCCUCAUCAAGGUUACGGUCAACAGCAACAGCAGCAACAGCAACAAGGGCAAGCAGAUCCUUGGGCAGGGCUUGGCGCUUGGAAAUGA